AUGAUUCACCUGCUCUGCUGCCGCAUAAACACCACUGCCCCUGUUUUAUUUCUGCGUCAAAGCAGGCGAUCAGCGGAGUUUUGCAGGCUCUCACGAUCACACUCAUCUCCUCAACAAUGCAAUUCCUUCACCCUGCGGUCCUGCAAUGCUGUCCGUUUCUUCAAGAGUUGGGCCCAGAGAGCCCCUAAGACCCCCAAAGCCUCGAGAUCUGCCCUCCGCUUCCUCUGGGCACCAACACUACUCGCACUAUCCGGAAGAGCGUUUUGUAAAGUGGCCUACUGCGAGGCUGACGUCAACAACAAUACACUACUAAAGCAAACAGGAGCGAAAGACAGUCCACCUGAAUUCAGUUGGCUUAUUCUGUGGGAAUUUGUGAAGCCUCAACUCGUUGCUCUCAUUGGUGCUGUGGUGCUUGCAUUUGGUGCUGCUAUCCUCAAUAUUCACAUUCCUCUGAUGCUUGGAGAGUUAGUGAAUGUUGUGGCGCGAUAUCUCAGAGAACAAGCCGGAAACUAUGUUCAGGAGAUAAGAGUUCCGGCGCUGAAGCUGCUGGGGCUGUACGGGCUGCAGGGCCUGCUCACCAGUGGCUACAUCGUCUUGUUGUCUCGAGUGGGAGAGAGGGUGGCAGCCGACAUGAGGAAGACCCUGUUCUCGUCCUUACUGAGGCAGGACGUGGCUUUCUUCGAUGCCAAUAAAACCGGGCAAUUGGUGAAUCGUCUGACUGCUGACAUUCAAGAAUUCAAGUCGUCCUUUAAAUUAGUCAUAUCACAGGGCUUGAGGAGUGUGACGCAGACUGUGGGGUGCUUUAUUUCGCUCUACCUCAUCUCUCCCAAACUCACUGGACUCACGGUGGUGGUUCUGCCGUGUUUGGUCGGAGGAGGAGCCCUGAUCGGAUCGCUGCUUAGAAAACUGUCCCGAGCCGCCCAAGAACAGGUUGCAAAAGCUACCGGUGUGGCAGACGAGGCCCUCGGCAACGUGCGCACCGUCAAAGCAUUCGCCAUGGAAGACCGAGAGCUCCAAUUAUACGCACUGGAAGUUGACAAAUCUUGCGAAAUGAAUGAAAGUCUUGGAAACGGAAUAGCCAUUUUCCAAGGAAUGUCUAAUGUUGCACUGAAUUGCAUUGUAUUAGGAACUAUUUUUGCUGGAGGCACGCUAAUAUCCAGCAAUGAAAUGUCCCCUGGAGACCUUAUGUCCUUUUUGGUGGCUUCCCAGACAGUACAGAGGUCACUGGCAAGUAUUUCUAUCCUGUUUGGACAGGUGGUGAGGGGAAUGAGCUCUGGAGCCCGGGUUUUUGAGUACCUGGCCUUGCAGCCCAGUAUUCCCAUCAGUGUCGGAGGCCGGAUCCCCUUUCAUUCUCUCAUUGGAAGAGUGGAGUUUAUGGAUGUCUCUUUUAGCUACCCAACCAGACCUGGCCAUCAAGUGUUAAAGAAGCUGUACCUAACGUUGCCACCGAGUAAAACUGUAGCCAUUGUCGGAGAAUCAGGCGGAGGAAAGUCCACUGUGGCCUCUUUACUGGAGCGUUUCUAUGACCCAAACAGCGGAGUGGUCAUGUUGGAUGGACUGGACAUAAGGACACUCGACCUGUCCUGGCUCAGAGGACAAGUUAUUGGCUUUAUCAAUCAGGAGCCGGUGUUGUUUGGAUCCUCUAUCAUGGAGAACAUUCGCUUUGGGAAACCCGAGGCCUCCGAUGCAGAGGUGGUCAGUGCAGCCAAACAGGCCAACGCUCACGGCUUUGUGACCAGCUUCCCAGACGGCUAUAACACAGUGGUCGGGGAGCGAGGCGUGACUCUAUCCGGCGGGCAGAAACAGCGCAUAGCCAUAGCCAGAGCGCUCAUUAAAAACCCCAGCAUCCUGGUGCUGGAUGAGGCUACCAGUGCUUUGGACGCUGAGUCAGAGCGUGUGGUGCAGGAGGCGCUGGACCGGGCCACUAGGGGGCGCACUGUGCUCAUCAUCGCUCACAGACUCAGCACCAUCCAGGGAGCAGACCUCAUAUGUGUGAUGAGCAACGGACGCAUCGUAGAGGCUGGGACUCAUGUGGAACUACUGAGCAAAGGAGGACUGUACGCCGAUCUCAUCCGCAGGCAAAGAGCAGAGGAGCAGAAAUGA